AUGGCCCCAACGCGGUCUGACCAAGAAAUUGGGCUCUCCAUUAUUGACCAAAAGGACCCUCGCCCGUUCAACGACCGCAUCGUCCCCGACAUCGUCCAUCACCCCAAGGCCGACGUUGACCGUGACCAGAUCGCCAAGCCCGUCGACGGCACCUCCUCCGACUCGGACUCCACCGUCACCGACCUCUCCGACCAGUUCGACUGGGAUGCGGAGGAGGACGCGAAGUCGGCACACAUCGCCGCCUCCAUCAAGGCGAAGCGCGGCCGCCGAGUCUACCAGGCCUUCCUCAAGCUCCCCCGCCUCUUCCGUGUCCUCCUUGUCGGCAUCCUCGGUGCAGGCGUGCUCAUUACCCCCCUCAUCGUCGUCACCUUCCGCUUCUCGGACAGCCCGGUCAAAAGCCAUGCAUACGUGUGGUCGCUUUGGCUCACCAUAGCCUGGGCGGCUGGUAUCGCAACCUACAUCAUCGUCGAUGCCAUUCCACACCUCGUCCUCGUUAUCCUUCGCGUUGCCGGCUACAAGAUUGAACGUAUGCGCGUGACCAUCGAGCUCAUUGCGGCCAUUCGUGGCUGGCUCAAGCUCGCUCUCGAUGUCGCAUGGCUAUGGAUAUCGCUCUCGGUCAUUCGCGCCCUCCUCAACCCGCCCGGGUCUUACUGGACUAUUGUCAAUCGGGUUGUACAGGCCUUAUUUGCGCUUGCCAUGCUCGUUCUUGUCGAGAAGAUCUUCCUGCGUUAUGUCGCGAUCAACUUCCACCGGAAGGCGCUCGCGGACCGCAUCGCGGAGAACCAGCUCGGCCUCCGCGCUCUUGACCGGCUCUCGAAUGCGCAGCCGACGCCUAAGAAACAACCAUACAACGGCAAGAAGGGCCACCGCUCGCGCGGGUCUAGCCUCGACAUGCUCGGCAUGGCCAACGGCAACGGCGAAAAGGGGACGGGUUCCGCCUCCGGCUCGCGCGCGGUGUCUCCGACGGAAGCGAAGGAACAGCAGAAGCGCCGCAGCAAGAAGGCAAGGCGGAAUAUGGUCGCGGCGGUCAUCGUCGACCAGCUCGGAGGUGCGCUCGAGCAGGUCACUCAGGACCAGUUCGGAUCGCUCGCGAGUGCGGGGAAGUUGGCAAGGAAGCUGUUCAGCACGCUGAGCGAUGUACACCCGGCGAGGAAGUACCUCAUCGUCGACGACUUUUACCCUUACUUCCCGACUACUGCGGAUGCCCACGCCGCCUUUGCUCUUUUUGACAAGGAUGGUAACGGUGACAUUUCUAAGAAGGAAAUGCGCGAGGCUGUUCGCCGUAUCUAUCGCGAACGCAAGGCUCUCACCGCCAGUCUGAAGGAUGUCGGUUCGGCGGUUGCAAAACUUGAUGCGGUCAUGCUGGGGGCCGUGUUCCUCAUCUUCAUCUUCAUCGCCUUGCUCAUCUUCAACCGAACCAACUCGAUUGCAUCGCUCGUCCCGCUUGCCACCAUCAUCGUCGGUUUCUCGUUCAUAUUCGGAAAUUCUGCCGCUCAGCUGUUCCAGUCGCUCAUCUUCAUCUUCUCCACUCACGUGUUCGACGUUGGAGACCUGGUUGUGAUUGACGACCAACCUCUCGUCGUCCGCGAGUUCGGCCUCUUUGCAACCACCUUCCGCCGUGUGGAUGGAAUGGAAAUUGUUGCACCCAACUCUCUCCUCUCUAGCUCGAAGCUCGUGCACAACCUCCGUCGCUCCAACUCGAUGUGGGAGUCAACGGAGCUCAUGAUCGCCUACGACACCCCUCUCGAGCUGAUCGAGCAACUUCGGACGAAGCUCCAGGCCUACGUCGCUGCCAACAACCGCGAGUGGUCUAACUGCGCGGUCAACAUCGACAAAAUGGAGUACCAAAACGCAAUUUUCGUCAUCGUCGCGAUGGAGCACCGCCCGAACUGGCAGGACUGGGGAGGACGUUGGGUGCGCCGCAACGGCUUUAUGCGCAACCUCAAGACCUGUCUCGAGGAGCUCGAUAUCCGGUACACCAAUCCCCUCCAACCCUACAUUGUUCCUCGUGGCGGAUCCGGGAGCGUACCUUUCCUCGACGUCCCGCCCAGCCCGCGCUCGGGAAGCGGGGGUCGCAGGGGGUCCCCUCAGAUGAGCCGCGAGACGCUCGGCAAUGCAGGUUUCUUCGAGGCGGGCCCAAUGGGCCGCUCACCGUCGCGCAGCUUGCGUCCAAGUGGUGAUAUGUUCUGA